AGCUGCAGCUACCUUAGGACAGAGGAGGAAGGAGGAGCGUCUCUGCGUCACACGCUGACGUUCCUUCGCUGCUGCUCAGUGGCAACAUCGGCUGGAGAGUGGCGACGCUUGGACCCUCCUCACAACUGAGCCGCUGUGUCCUGCUGUCGGUCCCUCGGUUAGUCAGAGGUUCUGCCCUCCCUUAGACGCCAGGGGAUGGAGGGAUGAUCCAGACCGACUCAUCGCCGCAGCACCUUCUUUCUCCUUCCUCCGCCUGUUCUUCUGCGGCUCUGUCUCCGCUCUCCGCAUUCGCCGCUGGAGUCGUGGCCAGGAUGCGGACUUCGCUGCUCGGGCGGGCUGCGGUGUUUGCGGCCCUGUUGGCCCUCAGCACCUGCCUGACAGGGAAGGCAAGGGCUUAUCCUGAGCUAGACGAAGAGAUUGACUUCCUGUCGGCCAUCAUCAGUGAGCAGAGGACUGAGUCCAGGAUGCCAGCCCCAGCCUCACCGGACCUCAAGGUAAAGCAGCUCAUCGAGCCCAGCUCCAUGAACAGAGGAUCCCCCACAGAGCAGCCCACCAGCCUCAGCACUACACUCAAAACUACAGCUCCACCUUCUAUUACCAACCAAAGCCCUGGUCUGCUCGGUGACCCCCUCAUCACCGCCCAACCCUCCAACGACCACAUGUUCAUCAUUAUGAGCAGUGUGUUCAUCGCAGCAGGUUCGCUAGCCUUGGUCAUAGCAGGAGUCUGUUGGGUCAGACUGCAGAAAGGGGUGCGUGUAACUCAGAAGGUGGACUACCCUGCCUAUAGUGUGAUAAAACCCCAAACCAUGGCCACCUUUCCUGGGGACAAGAAGCUGGCCCACAGUGCCCAAAUGUACCACUACCAACACCAGAAGCAGCAGAUGCUCUCCCUGGAAAAAAGCAGGGAUGAGCCCAGGCUUCCUGACUCAGGAGCAUCGACAGACGAGGAGAAUGAGGAUGGAGAUUUCACCGUGUACGAGUGUCCUGGGCUGGCGCCGACAGGAGAGAUGGAGGUGAAGAACCCGCUGUUCGACGACUCUAACCUCUACCUGCAGAGAUUCCACAAAUAAACCUGGACCUUCACACGAUUCCCACUUCAAAUGCAGCGCCUGUGUGUACGGCUCCCUGAAUUCACAUACACGCACACACUCAGCAUGCACUGCUGUGCUGAGUCCAGCCUCUCUGGAAAGCGGGACAGACUGAGGUCCUGUACAGGGAAGAGGAGGAGGAGGGAGAUACACAUGGAGUGUUGGGUUCAUGUUUGAAGCCUGACUGAAUGUGAGUCUCGUGCUCUGCCACCUUGUUCUGUUCUGUUUCAUUUUCAGUCCAGCUGUAAAUCUGAGCAUGUUAAGUCUGGAAGGAAACACACGGAUGAGAUGAAUUAGUGUUGGUCCGCCGCUGGGUUCCAUUAUUACUCUGAAUUGAUUUCUGGCUGUCCUUAUUUAUUCAUCAGUAAAUGCUCCUUUGUUCACUGAGUUCUAACGGCCAUCUUUGGUCUUUGGUUAUGAGGUUUUGUUUUGAUUUUAACAACGAGCAGUUUUAAUGUUUAACGAGCACGCCUCCAUGCAGCAUCCUCGCCUGUAUCAGAAUGUUACGUAUCUCUGUGUUCUUAGUUCAGUUCCUCUAUGCAUGAAAUUAGGAUGCUAUGUAAGAAAAACCAGUCAAUAUGCAUUUCCAGAUUUUUUUUCCCAGGUUUGUACCUCAAACUUGCUGCUAAUAUAUAUUUCAUACAUAUACUGUAUGUGUAUAAAUGAUUUCAAAGUAAAAUUUGAAAAGUCUAUUUGAGCUCUGAAAUACAGAGUCCAGUGUACAUAUGGUCUUUGACCAACAUGGCUUGUCCCAAGGUUUAGUGACGUGUAAAUAGUCACUGGAUCCCCAGGCUUCCUGAAUGCUGGGACAAACUCUCUGCUGCUGCUUGCUUUCUUUUCAGGGAUCUACACAGAUGAGAUGAGCUGUGCCACACAAGUACAAACCACCAGGGUCCAAAUAUAUUUCCAUGGUCUUUGCAGCUUUUAUUUUCAGAUGGCAGUGUUUUAGUGAAGGGGAAAGCCACACAGCUGCGGAACGUUUGUAAAUAAAAAAUAAAUGAAUAAAAACAAAAAACUAGAGAUGCACGAAUCAGGUUCUCGUGGCCAAUCUCUAAUCUCAGUUUUAUCACAGCUGUAGCCUGCUGCUACUGAUUUUAGCCUACUCUAAUUUCUCUUUAAAUACUAUGAAGGGUAUAAACAGCAAUAAAAAUAUGUAUUCCUUAGCUUUCCUGUCAAUAGAGGGUUUAGAAGUGUCAGAAUCCAACCAAAAAAUUCCAAUUAGAAUUCAUAUUUAUGAUGUUUUAACUAAAACGGUAACGAUUACAUAAAAUCAAUUUGAUUGUAUCCAUAUGACUAUAAUUGUCAACAAUUUACUAAAUGCAAUAAUCUAAAUACUAAAAUCUAAUUUCUAACACUUUCAUACACUUAUUCUGUGUGGAUUUCAUAUCCAUGUAUCUCAGUAUUUGUUUUAUUUCAAACUUGCUACAAUCCAUCAUGAGAUGAUUGUAAAUUACAGCUCCUUGGUUUGUUAAUCUGCUUUGGAGUUUACCUUCUGACCAAUCACCAGGCUGCCUCAGUCUUGACCCAGCUGAUUGGCUAUAAUGGCCGAGGCUGACAGAUAAAGAAAUAAUAAAUAAAUACAUGAUAUCCUGAAUUUGCGGGAGGAUAAUAGUUCAAAUUUUGUAAUUUUCCAUUUAACAUAUCAUUGAUUAAUAUUUAAAUUAUUGAUAUUCAUAAUAAUUAAUUUAAUAAAUUACUGAAACACUGAAAUGCCUGCAGAUUUUUUUAAAUUCAAUGUAAGUAAUCUGUUGUAUUUAAGAAACCGAUGCAGUUGAAGAAUUAUUUCGCUUUUGGCCUACUAUGAGCAUUCACUAAGGAUUUGUAUUAGACAAAUAAGGCUGUAGGUGUGACAAAUUAGCUGAUAUAAAAUGUUUUUUAGUAUUUAAAAGCAAAGACAAAGUCAUGACACUGUGUUAAGAAUAUUUUAUUAGCAUAUAGUGUUGUUGGCAUAGUUAGCCACACUGUCUGGGUGUGCAUCCUAGAGGUUAACGGUGAAAGGCUGCCAACAUCUCCAAAUCCAGACUGUCACUUGACAGAAGUUGGAAGGUCAAAGAAAAUAACAGUAAUACUUAACUGUGCUUUGAUCAGGCUUCCUGUUACUUACUGAAAGCUCUUUCUCACAGCUGGAAUAAACCUCAGGCAUGAACAACUAAAGCUAUUUUAGCAAUAGCUUUUUACAUCUCCGCUCUUCUUCAAAUUCACUUUAAAACACCUCACUGGUGCUGAAAGCUACGUUGACCAUUCAUCUAAUAGCUUCCACACCAAAGAGUGGUGUCGGUUUGACCUGGUGUUGCUUAGAUGGGGUGGUUUCGCUGACUGGAAGAAGAUCAAACUUUGAGCCUUCAACCAGCUGGUUCAGGGCAGGUUAAACGCGAAAUUGCCCGAUUCCGAUUACAGCCCAAUAUCUUGGAGCAUCUGUAGUAAACAUGCAAAUGUCCUCACCUAUUGAGUCCUCACUAAGAACAUGUUUUUAAAGUUAACAUAUUCCUGCUCCCACUGUUUUUAAAUAGGCCACAGAAAUAAAUGUUAAUAUUUUAUUGUGUUUGAACUGGCCAGCUUGAAACAUUACUGACCCCCAGGAAUAUGCUUAUCACGGCUGUGGAGGAAUGACAUUCAAACAUGACAGGAAGGUGAAAGUAGAACAUUUUAUUGCAAUUUAUUUUGAUUUGUUUUUUAAAGGUUUCAAAUUAAACAAUGUCUUACAAAAGACUAUCCAGGUCCCCACUUGCUCUGCAGAGAAGUAUUGAUGGGCUUCCCCUCAUUGACCCGAACGCAGUGAACAGUCAGAACACGACAAAAGGUCUUGUUAUUCUGACUCCUGUCUUAUUGGCUCACUGUGGACUCAGCCAGCUGAGAACUAAGUGGAUAUUUUAGUUAAACAGUUGAAGUGCAGGCAUUUGGAUCUAAUGAACAUAGCUGUCUUGUUUAAGUGAUGUGUUUGAAUGGAAAUAAGUGUAUUUUGUAAAGCGGCUGCGAGCGUUGUUACCCACCCUUCACCUUAGAUCAAUGCUCUCUGCUUUUCCUUUGCUAAAGAAGAGCUAAGGUGUCUGAGCUGGGAUGUGGGCAGCUGGGACACGAGCCUGUAUGUAGCUGCUCCGGAGCAGAGCUCUUAGAUUUUACUGCACAGUCAGGAUGGGCUGUGCCGCUUGUGAGGCAAGAAAGCUAUGCAGAAUGAACUCAUUACUCUGCCUCAUCAUCCGUGGAUGUGAGAAGGAGCCUGGAUGUUGCCGCCACACUUCCCAGACAGGGUCCACCUUCAGCACCUUUCAGGCUUUAAUGGACUAGCCAAACGGACAGCUUCUGGAACAAAAUGGACGAUUCAUGGGGCACAGAAGGCAAAGAACAAAUUGUCAUGUUGAACCUUUGAGCUGACAUCUAAACAGAGCUUCUGAUAAUGUUUUUUUUUUUCUUUUCUUUUAGUUGUUCUCUGCUGAAUUGACAGUUUUGUGAGGGAACUGUAGAACAAGUAAAUAUCUUUGAUACUGACUGUGUUUGGCCUCCUUAUGUGUUCCUGUUAUGUUUAGCUUGCAUGUACAUAUAUCAGAGAGGUAAUAAAAGAAUAAAUAUUUAUAAGAUCUUA